CGACUGCAGAAAGUUUGGUUAAUAUACCUCUAUUGGUUUACGAGAUAUGUACAAAAAACUUAGUAGAGGGCGGGGCCACGCCUACUUCCCCAAAAAAAUUACAUCCAAAUAUGCCCCUUCCUAGUGCGAUCAUUCAUGUUAAAUUUUAUUUCCAUAGCUUUAUUUAUGGCUUAGUUAUGGCACUUUAUGUGUUUUCGGUUUUCGCCAUUUUGUGGGCGUGGCAGUGGUCCGAUUUUGCUCAUUUUCGAAAGCAACCUUCCUAUGGUGCCAAAAAAUAAGUGUGCCAAGUUUCAUCAAGAUAUCUUAAUUUUUACUCAAGUUACAGCUUGCACAGACGGAAGGACGGACGGACAGACAGACAUUCGGAUUUGAACUCCACUCUUCACCCUGAUCACUUUGGUAUAUAUAACCCUAUAUCUGACUCGUUUAGUUUUGGGUGUUACAAACAACCGUUAUGUGAACAAAACUAUAAUACUCUCUUUAGUAACAUUUGUUGCGAGAGUAUAAAAAUAACAUAGCAUAUCUGAACCUCAUUGGGUCUUAUUUAUCCAACAAACGAGACUUCGAAAACUGCUCGUUUUCAUCCUUAUUAAUGAUUUUUUGAUUGUGAUACUGACAGUAUCCAUGAGUUGGAUUCGUUAGGUUGCUUCAGGUUAGGUUGUAUUCAACAAAGACCUCGAAAACUGCUUGAUUUCGUCCAGUCAAUGAUUUUUCCCUAACCUAAUAUGGGAAUGCUCAGAACAUUCAAAAAUGAGAUCGAUCACGUAGGUUGUUUGAGACAUGAUCCUUGCAGAAUUUAUGGACCUUUGUUCAUGUUCUACGGAAAUAUGUUUUGUGAACGGUUAUAGAACUAUGUUAGGCUUAGCCAAGUCCACAUAACUUUUUACAGUGACAAUCUCAAAGAAGGAUCCCAAAAUAAACUCGAAUUAACAUGGAGUUUCUUGUCGGUUUUGAGUUUCAUCGCCAGUGUGGUGAAUAAAUGGUUAUUCUUAAAGGCAAUAUUCUCCUCAAGCCACUUAUUUUUUGCGCGAACUAAAGUUCACUCUGAAAUUGCACUACCUUAGCUUCUAAUAUACCUUUGUACCCAUACCAUACCUCUAUGAAACCAAUACUAACCUCAAAAAGCAAGCAUAAGUAAGUCGUAGGCUCACUUCAGGAAACAAACAAAAACAAAAAAUAAACUGACGUGCGCAGACAUCAAUUGCAUUUAAACAAAAUAAACCACAUUUCCGCAGGUUGGUCGUUUAGUCGGCCAGAGACGACAACCGUUUACACGGUUUAUGAGCAGCUGUCGGCAGCUCUAGACUGACGCUAAAAGGGGUGAGACUCUUUGGGUCGUUGGGGUUACAUUGUAUGUAUGCACAUUGCCUUGGCGCCGGAAGUGGAUCGUUAUAAACUUUUACGAAAUUCAAUUUGUUAUUUAGCAGCUACUCAGCAAAUGCAGUGCAGUGCGGCACUCACUCACGCGUCUACCCGUGCCUCAUUCUUGUAUUCUACGUUCUGCGAGUGUUUUGUUGGACGUAUGGCAUGCGCCGCCGCUACCGAAGGUGCAUAGACAAUUCGCAGUAAAUUACAAUAUAAAUUUGCAACAUUUGGUCUGUGUGUAUGUAUGUGUAUUCCGUUAUGCGGAUAAUUAUUGCGCGUGUUGAUGAUGUGUUUAUGCGUUGUUGUUGUUUUUACAAUGUUAUUCGCAACCCUUGCAAACCGCUAAUCUUGCCUGUAAUGAGUUGGCUCGUGCCAAAUUGCUUACGGGUCGGUUGUUGUUAUUGGAUGUAGUAGAUGAGCUGUUUUGGUAUUUAAUAAAGCGUUCGGUAAUAGUGUACAAAAUCCCGAAAAUUAUUUCCCAAAUUUCGAGAUUUUCGGGAUCCCAUUUUGAAAGUUAAAAUUUUACUUUAUAUUUAAUACUUAUAGAGCUCGAAAUCUUGACUCGACUCUUAUUCUAACCUUAAAAUAAUUUAUCUAACAUAAAUACAUAAAUCCUGUCUUAGCCCGAAUACGUUUUAAUCAAAACGUUGCCUACUAUUAGGCGCUUUGACAAAUAAUAAUAGAUUUUCUAGUGACGUCACACACCUAAUAUGAUGUAUGUAUGUAUGUGAUUGGCGUUCAACCGUUUAGCCGGUUAUAGCCGAAUCGAUGAGAGCGCGCCACUCCUCUCUUUCCUUCGGCGCCAGUUGGAGAUUCCAAGUGUAACCAGGCCGCUCUCCACCUAGUCCCUCCAACGGAGUGGAGGCCUUCCCCUUCCUCGGCUUCCUCCGGCGGGUACUGCAUCGAACACUUUCAGAGUUUGAGUGUUUUCGUCCAUUCGGACAACAUGACCUAGCCAGCGUGGCCGCUGUCUUUUUACUCGUACAGCUCAUCGUUCCAUCGUCUGCGGUAUUCGCCGUUGCCAAUGUUCUGAGGACGAUAAAUCUUGCGCAAAAUUUUCCUCUCGAAAACUCCUAGUGUCGUCUCAUCUGAUGUUGACAUCGGCCAAGCUGAUCCAAGGAAAGAGUGAUUCUGCGCUGGAUUUCGAGGCUGACAUUGUUGGUGUUGUUGAUACUGGUUCUCAGGUAUACGAAAUUAUCUACAACUUCGAAGUUAUGACUGAUUGGUUAUUUUUAUAUAUCAGUCACUACAUAUCGAGAGAUCAGUUCUUACAUUCAACAUUUUUGAAAGAAACUCAUAAAGUCUUAUAUACUUGGUCUACGUAGAGGAUUAUUAAAAAAAAUAACAAUAAUUUAGAUUUUUUGAAAAAAGUAUUUAUUAUAUUCUAACAGCCCUAUUCUGUGCACUUUACAAAUUCAACAAAUUUCUAAUUUGUAAAAAAUUGAAAUUUAACAAGCAUUUCGUAUUCUGUGUCUAAAAUAAAAAGCUUUUUUCUUGAUAAGUUGUUAUGAAGUAAAAUGCUCUUGACAAAUAAAAUAUCUCGUUGUAGAUAGUUGUGAAAAUGAAUUUGUUGUAAAGGAGAUAUUUUACUUUUGUUGUUAUUUUUAUACAAAGAGGAAAAAUAUGAAUAUGUUGAUGGCUCGCGUUAUUGAGUCAUUUUUAUAUUAAGAAGUUUAUUUUUCCCUUUUUUGUAUAAAAAAAUGAAUGUAAUGAGGGUAACUUUGACGAAAUUGUUUUCUAUAUAUUGCAUGCGAUUACAGCUUAGCAAAUUUUUGCCAAUAAAGAACAGAGUUUAGAUUUCGUUGUCCCCAAGGAACUUUUCUGAAGCGAAACAUAACAACCACCUAAAUCAAAAUUGCAUUCCAAAUAGUUUUAAAUAUAUUAUAAAGGACAUAUGUAUAUGUAUUAUAUUAUUUAGUAUUCUGUGGCUUUGAGGGGAGCAAAAUAUAGGGAGGGAGCUGGGAUGGAAAAGCGAAUAUAUAGCCUCUGUCAUCCGAUUAUCAAUCAACCUCAUUUACGCGCGGCUCUCCUUGUUUGGUUAGAGGGAUUAGCGAGGCUCUGGCGACCGCGUAAAUUCGGUAUAACCUUGUCAUCUAUAUAGAGUACAUGGGGUUGUAAAAUCAAACCAAAUUCUUUGCAUCAGACCUGAAAGGCUUCAGUCGAUAUCUCAGAAUUCUCGAUACAUCAGAAUCGGAUAGAUAGGCUGAUAACCGGUCAAUCGUAAACCAAACUUAUCAACGAAGCCACAAUGAAGAAGGCUCGGUUAAAAAUGGGGCUAGAUUCGGAGCAUGGAAUAUUUGCGCUCUCUCAGAAACUUUACGUCUAGACCAAGAGCAAAGGAUUUAUUGUGAAAUUGAAGUUAAACUUUUAACUAUUUUGCAACAAAUAUUGAAAUGCAUGUGAAAACUUACGUUAUAAAAUAAUUCAAAUAAACUUUUCAAUUCAAAUAAAUAUAAUUGGACAGAAAUCAGCUUUUUCUGUUUACAUUUUUUGUUUCUCACACGUGUGGGGAAAAGCUAUGCGUUCUGAAGCUUUUUAUUUUAUUAAAAUUGUCACAGAAUACCAAAAAAAAAUCUUACUUGAUAAAAAUCUGAAAAAAAAAAUUUCAAUUUUUUUAUUAUUUUGUCAAGUGCACAGAAUAGAGCUGUAAAAAUAUUUAUUUGUUCGUCUACAUUAAUGUCGUCGCCUUCAAAAUGUUCCCCGAUUGAUAGUAUGCACUUAUGCCAUUUUUUCUUCGAAUCGUCGAAAUACUUCUCAAACUCGAUUUUUUGGUUAGUCUUGGGCUCUUUCAAAUAUUAUGUUCUUGUCUGUUUUUAAAACGACGGUCGUCUAAGGUUUUCUUUAUUUUGGAUAUAGGAAAAGGUCACACGGAGUCAUAUUCUAAUAUUCAUACUAAAAAUUUCGGGAUCCCGUUAUUCUUACAAAUGACCUAAGUGUCAGUUUACAAUGUGAUAUGUAAAUACAUCAACUCGUGCCAUUAUUGAUUGCGCCAAUAGAUUGAAAUUAUUCUAGUAGGCUCGGUAUACUUCCAAAACAUUUACAUAACGUAUGUUAAGUCGUUAAGUGGGCACUUAAGUGCACUUAUGAUAGCUGCAAUUAAAUUCAAAUCAAACCUGUUUAUUGCAUGCAUAAUAUUUUAUUAUGUAACCAAAGUAAUUUGCAUAUUAUUUUACGCCUUUAUACAGUCAGUAAGAAUGGGAUUACAUAAUCAUAAUAAAAUUUAGCUAAUUUCGAUUGAAAUCAGGGAUUACUUAGGAUGUUGCGCAGCAUUAUUGUUUCAUAUAAGAAUAAAAUCAAUAAAUCAUUCCUGUAAACUAAGUUGCGUUAAGUUUUGUCUGUCGGAGAAUAUGGGAAUACUAGAAUACAUAGCUAAAGUACUCGCAUAUAAUACGAUUAGUAUAGUUCGGGUCGGUAUUUUGAGUUAACACGUAAAUCUCUCCUGCCAUCCUUUAAGGAUCUUGGCUUUGAUUAUACUCGAAAUAGAAUUAAGAAACUCUUGGAUAGAUAGUUAGAUCAAUAUAGUAAUUACUUAGAUGGAUGGUUCGGCCGGAUCAUUGGAGGUCAUCAAUCAGCCAUCCUUAAUGGAUCUUGGCUUUGAUUAUACUCGAAAUAGAAUUAAGAAACUCUUGGAUAGAUAGUUAGAUCAAUAUAGUAAUUACUUAGAUGGAUGGUUCGGCCGGAUCAUUGGAGGUCAUCAAUCAGCCAUCCUUAAUGGAUCUUGGCUUUGAUUAUUCUCGAAAUAGAAUUAAGAAACUCUUGGAUAGAUAGUUAGAUCAAUAUAGUAAUUACUUAGAUGGAUGGUUCGGCCGGAUCAUUGGAGGUCAUCAAUCAGCCAUCCUUAAUGGAUCUUGGCUUUGAUUAUACUCGAAAUAGAAUUAAGAAACUCUUGGAUAGAUAGUUAGAUCAAUAUAGUAAUUAUUUAGAUGGAUGGUUCGGCCGGAUCAUUGGAGGUCAUCAAUCAGCCAUCCUUAAUGGAUCUUGGCUUUGAUUAUUCUCGAAAUAGAAUUAAGAAACUCUUGUAUGGAUAGAUAGAUCAACAUAGUAAUUGCUUAGAUGGCUCGGCCAGAUCAAAGUGAAGGUCAUCAAUCAGCACUUGGAGCUUUAUAGACAUUAGACCCGUGAUUUACGACACUUAAAAAGUUCGAUGGAGAUUUAUAUAAAUAAUUACAAAUUCUAGUAUUCAAUUUGCUUUGAGAUUAGAAUAUGUUACGGACUGUGCACGAAUUUUUCGACCUUAGAUUCGAUAGAACAGCGGAUAAUCUUAACAUAUAACGGAUCGAAUACGGAAUAAAGUGUUUCCGGUAGAAAGUACCAACCAACCUUUAUCUCAGAUUUUCCUAUACUCGUACUCUGACUUUCGGGUCUCUGCUAAACAAAGUGGAUUCCGUACACAAUCGAAGGAGUUGUUUGUUAAGGUUUCCAAUUAGAAAACGUUGAGAUCUAUUGCUGAGUACAUAUUUUUUGGAAAUACUAUAAACAAAUUUCUAUAUAUGAUAAAUUGCAUGAAUGAAAGUUCCAUCCACUGAACUCCACGUGGUUUCGCUUAAUGGGAAAAGUCAAGUAAAUGAAUCAUUGGUGAGUUGUGUAGUCUUCGUUGGGGAUCGCGUGUCAGAGACACUUUUACCACAAAACAAAAAAAAAUAACAAACGGUAACAUUGCAACAGUUCGGACGGUCGCUAAGGAGUAACCAAAGGUUGGUGCGAAGGGAAGACACGCGGUGCAAGAGUAAGCGCAACCAGACUGGAAGCAAACCGGCAACUUAAACAGAUUUGUUUAGUUAUGCUGCUUGGUGGCGGCAACGAAGGAGUUGCAAGCGUAUGUCGUUUUGCAUUAAGUUCAAGGAAUGUAGGAAAUGACGAAGCAGUCGAAGACGAACAGCAUUUGAUGUGUCACAAUUUUUAUGUCGACAACAUUGCGAGUUAGUAGUUUGUUUGAUGAGUAGCGUCGACUGGCUGGCUGCCGAGCUUGAUGACUGGCUUUUGUGUUUGGUCGCAGGACGAACAUACAGUUUGUCUUGGCAUUUGAGCAUAUUUAACGCUAUCAAAAGAAAAAGGUGGCAGUAGGACGCGACUAUUACUAAAAAUCCAACUUUUAGUCGUCGCACGGAAGUCAAUUCGAGACAAGCUAUUUGGAGCACAAACAAAAAAAAAAUCGCGGUCAAAUACAAGCCGCGCCAUGCCAAAGCAUUGACGAUACAUACCUUUGAUUGUUUGUUAAGUUAAUGACGGUACACAUAGUAUUCGUGCGGCACAGUACUCAAUGAAUAAAUGCAUAAUCAUUGCAUAAAUUAAAAGUUUCGUUAUGGAAAUGCUGAAAUCAACCACAAUUUGGGAAUCCGCCAGUCGCCCGCUAUUUGUGCGCUCAAUUUGGCUGGAAGCGCCAAAAACUGGGCGUGCCGGUGCACAGCGACACUUCAUACUGGACUACGAACCCAGACAGAGGCGUAUACAUUCGAAGUCUGCGGCGAGCAUACGCAGAAAUAAGGCGCAUGCCACGUUGCAACAUUCCCACUCAUACGACUUUGUUGGAGAUUGGCAAGCUCAUAAUCAGUGCAGAUUUGCGGAAGAGUCGCAAAGAGAUCUAUUACUCAUUGUACCAGCCAAAGUAGAGCCACCAGCUACAGCCUCAGCGCAGCAGUCGCAGCUGUUUCAGCAGAAAUACCCUAACAAACCACAACCCACGCAGUCGGGUCGUUGUCCAAAACGCGCGACACUCUUCUUUCGCAACCGUCCACCACGCCACGGUCCGCUGCACGAACUUUACGAGCUCUAUUCGCGUCAUAGUUCACUGCAAGAUCUGCAGUCCACGCUUUCGCAAGCGAACUCACAUGCGGACGAGCGACUGGCGGAGCGUGUACUGAAUUGGCUAGAUUUAGCUGGCAAGCGUACUGACUCACAGCCAACUCAACCUCAAGCAGACAUCAGUGAAAUGGUGAAACGUCCAAAAAAGCCAACAGCAAAGGCACUAACAAGUCCACAAGCUUCAAGUGUUGCUACUACCAGUAACAAGCCGCAGACGCAACGUUCGGCCACCACACAAACCCAGUCGAACUUACAGUCGCAAGCAACUCCAGCGCCAUCUACCGCCAGUGCAUCGCGUUCACGCAAACAAGUACGCUAUGCGAGCGCUGUGCGUCCGGAACAACCGCCAAGCGCGUGUCAGACGGAUCAACCACGCUCCGCGGACGCCGUUAAACACAUCACAAUCAUCUUCGAUCGUGAAGGCGUGCCAGUGCGUUUCAAUCGGCCCGUUCGUAAUAUUGAUUUGUGCACUCUGAGCACCAGUCCGAACACGGUUCGUCGCAUGGCUGGUGCGCUGGCCUCUGCUCGCCUCUACAAUGAAGCUGAGCGUUCUUUUGUGCAUCCAUCUUUGAAAAAUGUGCCAUCAAAGCAGCGUCGCUCCUCUGAGAUGGAGCAUAUUGCAAUGAAGUCAACGCCAAAACGUGCCCACGACGCGAGUGUCUUCGAUACCAAAAAACAGUUGCACAUUUUUAUGCCGAAUUUACCGAAGAAAGGUCUACUAACAGCGGGCGAAACGAACGACAGUGGCUGUGGCAGUGUCGAUGAUACGGUUAGUGGUUUGAGCAAUACAUUCAGUGAGCUUUGUAAAAUUUAAGGCGGUUCAAAUCUUGAAUAUUAUAAGAUUUCAAUAAAAUGUGCGAAAAAGUAAAAUUUGCAAAGGGGGCUAUAAAUAUAUAGUGGUAAAAGGGUUAGAAACUCGGUAUUUUGGUAGUGGUAGUAACGAAAUGAAUUCGUACCCUGGAGCUUUCUAAGGUGUUGUGACUGAAAUGCAUGAUAGAGAUCAUGUUUGUUUGGGCUCUGAGAUACUUGAAGGCAUAUCCGUCUUUAGCUGGUUGCUUAUGGAGACGAGGCACUCACCUUCGGCAUCAGCCGGGAAAUAAAGUGACUUACAUUUUAAUGAGGAAAAACUAUUAUUCUGCAAUAAUUUAAGAAUUCGUAGACUUUUAAUAUAGAUAAACAUGAGACAUUUGUCAUAUAUAUUGAUAGUCUGCAAAUUCUUACAAUAUUAUUGCGCUUAACUUCAUAAAUUAAUCUUUCAUCUUCUUCUUUCUUAACUUAUAUAGUUUUAGGUUAGUCUCCCACCCUUUAGGCGGUUAAAUCUGCCUACAAUUUCUGUUGCGAGUCCUGGGUUCGAUCUCGGUUUUCUAAUAGUGUAAAUUUUGUGAUUCCUUUUUAAUUUCUCUAAAAUUAAGUACAGUGUUUUUUGACAUAUUUAACUGUCAACCUCUCCAUCGUGACGUAUACGUCAUUUGAUUUUCUUUUUUAAUUUUUGAUCGCUUCUGUCGUGAUAUUUUCACAUAUACGUCAAUUGUAACAUAUUUUACUGUUAAUCUUUCUUAAUCUGACUUAUACGUUAUUUGAUUUUUAUGACAUUAAUAUUGUAUUAGACAAAUUUUGCGCCCUAGU